GGAUUGCGCAGUUGUUUUUGGUCCUGUAGUGUUCGUGGGAGUCAGAAGAAACAGAGAAGACUGUAAACUUUUGAUUGACAACAAUGCAGAGCUUUGCUGCUCUGGGUGUCAUUAUAGGCUCGUUCUUAGCUCUGACUGAGGGUGACGUGGUGUCUAACUUUCAAAAUGAGCCUGACUGCAUAAAGUUCUUCUACGAAGGCAAAGUACCACAAUGGGGCUCGACUACAUCUGGUGCUGUCCGGCUCUGUCAGCGCUUCCAGAACACGUAUCACUUUGCUACGCUGUACGACACGUACAACCGCAUUGCUGUGUACUCUGCUUACAUCUUUGGGCCCAGCAAUGGGGGAGGCAGGGAGACUCGUUGGUUUGUGGAGCCCCAGCUGGUGAAUCAAAACUGGGGAGGUGAGAUGAAGGAAGGCUCCGUGCUGGAGAAGGAACACCCUGGUGUCUAUCAGGGUGACAGGCAGGCUCUGAAUGAAGACUACACUAAGUCAGGGUUUGAUCGUGGCCACCUUAAUCCCAAUGGGCACCAUGCAGUCCCGAGUCGUAAUGCCACAUUCACCCUCACUAACGUGGUGCCCCAGAACCCAAAACUGAACCAGAAUGCCUGGGCAAAUCAUGAGUCCAAUCUGGCUAGGAUAUUCAAAGCUCAGUGUGACAAGGCCUACGUGUUGGUUGGUGCCAUCCCAUCUGCUGGCAACUGGAUCAUCAAGAACAAUGUCAAACGGGUCAAUAUCCCAGAGUACAUGUGGAACGCUUACUGCUGCGUCAAUUCCAACGGCAUUCCUGUUCGCAGUGGAGCAGCGAUCGCCCUCAACACUGACCAGAACUCAGUUGAGGAAUACACACUGAGUGAGAUUGUCGAGUUCCUCCAGAGGUUCUCCAAUACACCAGUAGGAGAGCUGUUCUACAAUCAGUGCCAGUAACAGACUGUAAUGUUACUACUUAAUCUCAAUGUAGCUAAUCUUAUAAACACUGUAAUGCAGCAUGUUCAUUUAAAAAUGCAUUUCACAGUUUAAAUGCUGCUCUGAUGCAUGUCGGAAAUUCAUUAAAAAGCAUAUCUAACCA